AUGGGGCAGACAUACGUGGCAGUGCUAAGUAAUAUCAGGCUGAGUGAAAUCAGGAAAGCUGGGAGGUAUCUUGUUGGAACUAGGACGAGAAACGAAGGCUACACAAGCCCUCGAAGCCAAGAAACUCUUAGGAGCUGGGCGGAUGAAAAUAGGCAGAAGACAGAGAUCGUGAUUUUAACAACGAAAAGAAUCGACGUGGAAAUCACAAUGCAUGUGGGAAUUAAGGAGGUGCAGACAAAAAAUGUAGCAAAACACCUUGGAAUCUUGCUGGAAAGUAAGCUCACCUUUUGGAAGCACAUUAAACGAGCGGCUAACAAGGCAUGCACGGUUACAACAAAUGUAAAUCGUUUAAUGGCAAAUUUAGGAGGUCCAAAAUCAAGCAAGCGACGUCUUUUAGUGUCAGUGAAGCACUUUGUCCUUGUAUACAAAGCAGAAGUUUGGGCGGAUGCUCUUAAAAUAGAGAAAUACCGCAAACGCAUGGCAGAAGUACAAUGGAGAGGAGCGCAGCGAGUGGCAUGUGCUUACCGCACCGUCUCAGAACCAGGGACGCUAUUGAUUGCCGAAGUUAUGCCAACUGAUCCGCUUGCGGCAGAACGCAAGGUGGCAUAUGUCAAGAAAAACGACUGCGGCAAAUUUGAGGCCAAAAGAGAAGCCAGAGCACAAGCUAUACAGAAAUGGCAGACAAGGUGGAAUGCGGAAACCAGGGGUAAAUGGACCUUCAGAUUAAUACGCGAAAUAGAUGCGUGGGUCAACCGAAACUUUGGUGAGGCAAACUAUUACCUCACACAAUUUCUUACGGGGCGAUGGGACGAGCAGAGAAAUAGCCUCGAAUGA